AGGCCGAUCCUGCGCGAUGCAGCUGGUGUCAGAAUAUUAGCAAUACGGGAAACACAGGUCUAACCGUCUCCGCGCGGAGACAGGGCAUUAUACAGUUAAGCCCUUCCUUUUACAUAAAUGCCUGGCACAUUCCCUCUGCGAUUGUGCAGCGACUAUCGUUGAACGCGGGCAAGUGCAAUGGUAUGUGUUAAUAUUGUAACGAUAUUGCGAUUGUAACUAAUAUUUUCUUUCAGUACAGUAUUUUACGUAUGGAAUACGCUACGAUUUAUAUGCUGAAAGUAUUUUGAGGGUGGUAAAGACGAAAUAAGGACAGAAUGCCUCCUUUAGUGAAAGCGCGUGCUUGGUGUUUAUAAUAUGACAGGCAUUUUUUGUUAUGAACUGAACUGCAGUUGUGAAACUGGUGUUACUGGAUUAGUUCAAAACGCACAGACACAUACAGCACAACACACCGUUAAAGAAUGUCAUAUGUGAACCCCAGUUUGUUAGCUUUUUAAAAAUUCUUAUAUUGGAAACCUAUCCUACUAGUUAAUUUUGAAUUAGAUAAACACCGUAUUUAUUGUCCAAUUGUUUAAUUCGACGACUCGUUUAGCGCAAUUAUCAAUGACCAGAUAACAUCAGUGGUUCAGGUAUUUUACUGUAGAAAAUCUCCACGGAGAAGUGGUCUUUGUUAAACUGAGGAUGCCGGAUCGGUGGCUUGAGCCAAUCUUCGGACAGUGACCUUAAAAACCAAGGCAAGAGAAGAACCACGACAUGGACCCGGAUGGUGUUCUAAAGGUGAACAGGACUGGCUCUGUCCUUCCUCAUGGUGCUCUUCCUCGCUCACAGCCGCACUGUGUGAGCUGGUUCGAAGACUCCACCCCCCACCAGUUCCUGCCUCCACCCCUGUUAGCCCCUGGCCCCUCUCUUGCAGAGGAGUUCUCCAACCCCGCAGUGAUGGGUCACUUGGGUGGCUCACGGCGGUGUUCGGCCUCUCCGGUGUCGGUAAGGAAGAUGCUCCUCUCUCUGAUAGAAAGUUCAGGGGGGACCAGGUACCAGCCCCUGUCACAGCACUCCCCCCCGCCUCGCCGUGGCACCCCGCCGUCCAGGGACGGCUCGCCCUCCAGCUCGGUUACCAGCGAGGACGAGCCGGGCGCGGGGCUCUCCACGGACAGCGAAGACGGCGGCUACAACGAGCCCACCGGGGACGGCGCUCUCAAAAGACACGACACGUCGCAGCUCGACGCAGACGCGGACCAAGGCCUCUCCCUGCCACGGAUCAACCAGUUUAUCUCCCGCAAGAAGCGCCUAUCCCGUCCCGCGAGGACCCUCGCACAACCGACCCCCGCCAAACACAUCGCGAGACGAAGGGAGCGAACGGCACAGACGGGUAAAAGUCCGCUCCCGGACCUUCAGCCGCACCCACUCCAGUCAUCAGAGAAGCCCCGCUGUGUCUCCCUCUCGGCCAAUCUGAACCGCCUUCUGGGCGUGGGACUCCACCUCCCUUUCAGGGGCCCUGGGGUGGUUGUACAGGGCCAAGAAGAGGGUCAUAAACCCCGCUCACAGUCGGAUACUCAUGUCUUGCCAGGGCCCAGGAACGUCAGUGAGAAUCUUCACACUCCUGAUAGCAUCCUCAGAGCCAGCAGUGACCUGGAAAAGGAGAAUGCUCACUUCCUUGUGGCGGACAUGGUGUUGGAGGCAGUGGAGGGGGCGAAGUGGGCAGUCCUGGGUGAGAGGUCGGCUGGGGUGUCACCGUGGUGUGCAGACUGCAUCCAGGAGACCCAGAACCAGACCAAAAACUGCAGGUCUCUGUACAUAAAGCACUCUGCAUCUGUAGCUUCCUCCGACAGUGGCUAUGUAGAGUGGUGUACUUCACAGUCCUCCUCGACCUGCCCCCCCUCUCCUUCCCUCACUCAGGAACAACCACCUCCCUCAGAAGCUGAUAAACAUGAAACUGCUGCAGACAGUGAGUCCAGCUCAGUUCUCAGCUCCUCUCAGUUUCCCACAAUCCUCUGUUCUGCGGAAGUCCUCGCUCUGCAGUUGGUGUCAGUGUUCAAGAAGCAGUGGUUUGCCAAGGAGGAUGUCAGCCUCACCAGCCUGCACUCAGCAUUACAGGAAUUUCUCCCUGGCAAUGACUCCAUGGAAACAGAGGACAUCCUCACCCUGGCUAGAGAGAUUAAACAGAAGUCCAGGAUGAGGGGCACUUUGACAUGGGCUCCACCCCGGUUCCAGAUCAUCUUCUGCACUCACCCCACCCAAAAGCGCAGUGUGGUUGUAGCUUCCCAGAAUUACCUCUGCGCUGGCUGUGGGACACAGGUGGAGGCCAAGUACCUGAAGAAGCUACGCUACUGUGAGUACCUGGGCCGGUACUUCUGUGACUGUUGUCAUAGCGAUGCUGAGUCUGUGAUCCCGGGACAUGUGCUUGAGAAGUGGGACUUUGGCCGAUACCCAGUGUGCAACUUCUCAAGCAGGCUGCUGGAGAGCGUGUGGCAUCAGCCACUCUUCAGCCUGGCCUGGGUUGGCAAAAACCUGGGUUCCCGAGCCCGCGAGCUGGCCCGCUUCAUGGAGCUUCAGGAACAGCUGCUGGCCAUUAAGAAGCUGCUGACUGUAUGCAGAUUAUCAGACAGGGUAUUGCUGGAGCUGGAGCAGUUGCCUGGGCACCUGACACAGGAGCCCCUCCUCCUCUCCAUGGACGACCUUCAGAGGAUCAAACGCGGCCAGCUGGUCUCCCAGGCUCGAGCACUGCUACGGACAGCGAUCGCUCAUGUGGGCAACUGCCAGAUCUGCCUGGCCAGGGGCUUCAUCUGCGAGUUCUGCAAAAAGAAGGAUGUGCUGUUCCCUUUCCAGACCGCGACCUGCAAACGCUGCAGAGACUGCAAAUCCUGUUUCCAUAUCGAGUGCUUCAGAGACGAGGAGUGUCCCAAAUGCCGGAGGAUUCAAACUCGCAGAACACGGACAGACUCUGAACUCAACUCAACUCCUCAGUAGAAUUGAGUAGAAUCGUUUUUUAAAUAAUUUUAUUCCUAUUUUUCUCCUUCUUUCCUGUGAAUAUAAAAGCGGCUACAGAGUCCAUUGUCCUCGGUGCUGUGUGGAGGGCAGCUGCUUUUUGAACUAGACAAAUGGUAACCAAGAUUAAAUCUCAGGUGUUGCUCUGAUGUCUGAAGUCGCUUGAGUGCAGAAGAUUUGCUUGAAUUGCUUAAGGACUCCGGCACUUAUCUGGUCUGAUGAAGUGUUAAGUGUGUACCCCGGAGACACGUUCUGCGCCGUGAAAUUGUUUUGCACGCAAAGCAGCUCAACCGCUGUUAUUCUGAAUACUGUGUAUUCUGAAAGCAUGAAAUGCUAUGCAUUGGAAAUCCAAUAAAGAUAGCAUUGCAGUACAGUAAUAUCUGACCUCAGGAAAGCACAGCACUGCAGUACAGUAAUGCCUGGAUUCAGAAGAAUGCAGUACUCUAAUACAGUAAUGCGUGGCAUUAUGAACACACUGUGAGAAACAUUCCAAACACAGCCUUAGACCAUAUUUUCACACCUGAUUCCAUUAGAUUUGCUUUCCUGCCAUCCUCAUUCCUUGUGUGUUCCUUGUGUGUUUCUUGAUUCUGGAAUGCUCCAGGAGGUUACUGUGUUACCUGCAAUGACCGGCUAUUCUAGCUUUGGCCACACACCUUCAGGAAACGUCAUACUUAAAGAGCAUGGAAUAUUUUUGCUCGAUUGGUGGCAAAGACAGGUUUAAUUUUAAGCACACUUAGGUUGACAUCUAUGUGUGUGUGUGUGUGUGUGUGUGUGUGAGUGCGUCUGUGUGUGUAUGCAUGCGUAGGUAUGCAUAUUGUGUGCAUGUGUGUGAAUGCUGACUCUCAUUACUGUGGCCUCUGAUGUACCGUGAAAGUGUUGCAAAUUGAAGUAUCAUAAUGAAUGUCUUUUCUUUCAAAGAGGAACUGAUGCAUCUGUAAGAGCAGCUGCUUUGCUGUCAGUACUGUCGGGCUUUCCCUGUUGUAACUUUGAUAAUAAUAUAAGCUAUAGAGAGCAGUGGGUAAAAAGGUGCAUUCAGUGUUUUUUAAUGAGAAGUGCAUUUGAUGAAAACUUGAACUCUGUAAAUGCUGGACAAUCCGCACAGGUCGAUACAAAUCUCAUUGCAUGCUUCGGAAAAAGAGCACACCCCACCUGCUGCUCUCCUUUGAAACAGAAAUUAAUUAAUAAAUCAGAAGCAAUUUGUUCUCUGUGGCGACAUGUGAUCCACUGCUCUGCAGUGCCACUAAUAACACACGCUUGCUCAAACCCAUUUUUUGUUUCAUCACUACUUUGAUUCUUCGGUGGUGUCACCUGUGCUUAAUCCUGCCGGACAUGUCUGGUCCUUAUGUGCCAUCCACACCUCAACCUGCACACAGUGCAGGUGAAUCACCAGUAUGAUAACAAAUCAAGCGUUUUUGAGCUGAUGGUUUGAUUAAUACCAACCCAGAUACAGCACCAGGCCACAGCCCUGUCCAAGGAACCACCUUAGAAAGGGAAAGCAUUUGUUUUGUUUCUUUUGAACAGCAGGUAUCCCAUUGAGUGUCAAGCUUGGUGUCUUUCUCUGUAUCUGUUGAAAUAAACAUUUACGCAUUGUA